AUGGGGGCAACGUCUCUGUCUGUGAUCGCGAGGAAGGCAGCAGAGCGUGUGGUGGCUUCAUCUUUUGUCUUUCAAGGGAGGAUAUGGCGAACGUCUCUGUCUGUGAACGUGCGGAAGGCAGCAGAGCGUGUGGUGGCUCAAUUGGAUGGCAACUAUGCUCGGUCAAACGUCUCUGUCUGUGAACAUGCGGAAGGCAACAGGACGUAUGGUGGCUUUAUCUUUUUUUUCUUCCAAGGGAGGGCUUCGGGAACGUCUCUGUCUGUGAACGUGCGGAAGGCAGCAGAGCGUGUGGUGGCUUCGUCGUUUUUCUUCAAGGGGUGGAUACUGGCGAACGUCUCUGUCUGUGAACGUGCGGAAGGCAGCAGAACGUGUGGUGGCUCUCCAAAAAGGGCGAAAGGAUAG